GCUAAAUCUCUGAAGAUGUCUUCUAAUAAUGACCAGGUUGUUAUCCCAAUGCUACGAAGACACACCAAUGGCCUCCCUGAGAUGAUCUCUGCUGACGGGGAGACAAUUACCCAAGGAGCUGUGCUGAGUUUUCAUAACAUCUGCUAUAGAGGACAAGAGAAGAGAGGCUCUCUGCUCCGAGGAAGAACAGUUGAGAAAGAAAUACUAUCGAAUAUCAGUGGGAUCAUGAAACCUGGCCUCAAUGCCAUCAUGGGACCCCCAGGUGGAGACAAAUCUUUGUUGUUAGAUAUCUUAGCUGCAAGGAAAGAUCCAUGUGGAUUAUCUGGAGAAGUUUUGAUAAAUGGAGUACAUCAGCCUGCCGAUUUCAGAUAUAAUUCAGGUUAUGUGGUACGAGAUGAUGUUGUGGUGCACACCCUGACAGUAAGAGAAAACUUACAGUUCUCAGCAGCUCUUUGACUACCAACUAUGACAAAUCAUGAAAAAAAUGAGAGGGUUAAUGACAUUAUGGAAGAGUUAAAUCUGGAUGAUAUGGCAAAUUGCGAGGUAAUGUGGGGGAAAAAUAACCUGAUCAAUCAUAGCCAGAGAAAGGAUCCCUGUGUAGAUAAUAUGACCCUUAAUCAUAAAUGUCCUAUAAUAUGCAUGGUCAAAAGUGGCUGCUUUCUUUAACAAUGAGAAAAGCAACUAGUUGCGUACUGUGAAGGGGGAAACUAAGUGGGAAAACAAUCAUAAUGAUGGUCAAAUCCCAAGAAUGAAGUGUGAACAGAUUUUUCCAUACAGUUGUCAUUGUAUGUACCCUCACUGUCAAGUUAUGGCUCAUUUGAUGUCUUUGCAUUAACUUUUCUUCUUCCCCUUUUAGCUUUUCUUUUCCCUCUUUUCCUCCAGUGAACUUUCAUCUAGUGCUUUUUUUUUUUGAAGUAUAAUUCUGGAAUUGAUUAAUGAUGAGAAUCCAAGGAUUCUUGCUCUCUUUCACUGUGGUGUAAUUUGUCUUUCAAAAUUUAUCCAUAAACAGUAGGAUUUACUUUUAAUUUUUGUAGUGUUCAAGUUAUUUUUCUAUAGUAUCUCUUUAGCAGUUUUCUCUGUCCUCGCCUCUUUUCUUCUCUCUUUUCUUCCCUUUCUCUUACUAAUGUAUUUCCAGAAUCUUACAUGUCAGACUUUUUUUAGGAUUGAGAAGUAGAGUGGUGGGCAAGAGUGACAAAGACUGGAAAAAGUAACUCUUCUGUUUAUGGACUGUGCAGGAUCAGAGAAAGAUGAGAAGGGAGUAAGUAAACUUGACAGGUGAACACUCCAUACAGAAGUUUUGCUGAGCAGACAUUUUUGGAUCUUUGGGUGAUAAUGAGCUGUUUAAAAUGUAGUAAUCUACUGUGAUCUCCCCUUCAGGAGGCAAUGAUGACUGCAGAAGACGUUCUGCUGGCAGCUGCUUCCUGUUGUACUUACUUAUAGUUUUUAUGUGAAAUAUAUUUGUUUGAAAAACCCUAUGAUACCACCAUUUUCCACAUAUUUUUGCUUUGUGACUUAUUGAGUUGUCAUUAUUUUGGCUUUAUUUAUUGAACUAUUGUCUUUCC